AUGUUACCAGAUGUUGGUACACCCAUCAUUGUACCCACUUUGCCACAGUUUUUAUCAGCUGUGAACGCUGUCACAGUAUCUGGUGGACACAGGUGCCCAGAAAAUUCGCUUGCUGGCAUAGAGAAGGCAUUACAAAUAAGCAAACCUCAAUCUACAAUUUUCAUGUUCACUGACGCCUACGCAAAAGAUGUUAGCAAGCUUCAUUCCGUCGAAAAUCUAUGUCGAAGCUCUCGCAGUCAGGUGAUGAUAUUCCUGACCGGUUUCUGUUCUCCUGAACUGUCUCCAGGUGUAACUGAUCAAGUAUAUUACGACAUAGCUAAAGCUUGUUCAGGAUCAGUUCUACUUCUGGACACUGCGUCUUUAAGACUGGCUUUCAGUUUUAUGAAAGAGGUAAUAUAUGAGACGUGGACUGACAUUAUCACCUAUGAUACUUUUACAGAAAAUAAGCAAUUGACUUUUUCAGUUGAUUCAUUUACAAAGACGUGGUUACUGGUUGUUUCUGGAGAUAACCCCAGAGUAGAAAUAACUAUACCAAAUACUAAUCAGACUGUGGAUAAAAUACUGGAUAUGAGAAAUACUCAUGUUCUUCGACUAUCAGAGCCAUCAGCUGGCGAGUACACUAUAUCAGUGAGAUGUAGGAACAAAACAGCGGUUACUUUGUACAAAAGGUUUGAAUUGCCAUUACGAUUCGGAUUCUCCAGUAAAACUCCUAGAAGUAUGAACGAAACCAGCAGUCUACCAAUGCCAGGUAGACCAAAUAAAAUUCUGAUAGACGCUUCGCAAAGUAAAAUGAAACUUGAAACCAUACAUUUACAAGUGACUAAUGAACUAGAGAAGAAAGUUCUUCAGUUCGAAGAACAACCCUCGGGCUUGUACUUAGCCGAAACAUUCGUUAAUUCUGACCGAGAAUUUCGUUUAUGGAUAAAAGGUUACGACUUGGACUCAUUGAAAGAGAUUGUAGUCUCAUCGCAAAACUUCGUUCCUCAACAAGUUGCUGUAACGGAUACUACGUGGAUAAAACCUCAAUCGCAAAUAUUAGAUACGGAAACAAAAACUAUAGACUUUGGAUUUAAUACGACAUAUGCAUGUAAAGUUACUGGUUACCCAGCCCCCAACGUUACGUGGGUGAAUGACGAGGGAGAAAUAUUAUCGUCAGAGACUAUUUUACUAGAAGUACCAUCACUGUAUCUAAGCUACGUCACCAUAGAAAAUGUCACAGUCAAUUCUACAAUUUUUUGCAAAUCGAAAAAUCCCGAAGGCGAAGAUUCUCAAAGCAUAAAUUUGUAUGUACAUAGACCAUACACAUUUGAGGUCUUACAAACUCCUCAAGACCAGACAAUAGAGUACGGGGGCGAGGGAAAAUUAUUCUGCGAAGUCUCAGCAUAUCCUGUAGCAGAGACUAAAUGGUACCACAAUGACACUGAAGUAACCUCAUCUGAUGAAAUCCAAGUAGAUUUGGAGACCAACGCUUUAUGGAUUAAAAACAUGAGUGUAAACACUUACGGUGAAUAUAAAUGUGAAAUAAAGAACGAGUUCAAUGAAAAAAUAUAUACAGCCUUUGUGAACAUUUCUGGUAUAGAAGCACCUCAACUAGCAGUAGAUACUGCAAACGUUGUUCUAAAAUUGGGAGAAUGGAGUUAUCUAGAAUGCAGAAUUAUGAAAGGGAAACCAUCUCCUAUGAUUACUUGGACAUUUAAAUCCGAAGAUGGAUAUGAGUUUAGUUCAUUACCAGAUGGUGUGGUCGCUGAUGGUGGGAAAUUGAAGAUAGCAACAGCUCAACCCAAUCAUAAAGGCGUGUACAGAUGCGAAGCCAACAACGUGGAAGGGCAUCAUUCAGUUGAUAUUACUGUGCAACUUCAGUAUCCACCAAUGAUAUCCAAUGGUGAUCUGCAUACUCUGACGGUGAAAGAAGAAGACGAUGUGGAGUUACCAUGCGAGGUGGACGCAUCACCUCCAGCCACUGUCCGCUGGGAGAUGUCUCAAGAUGAUGUUAUCAUUAGUCUGGAUGGUAGACAUCGCACUGACCAUCGGUAUACCCACCGUUUCAAGGCGUUGUGGAAGGACUCCGGAAAUUAUCACUGUAUUGCAGAAAAUAGUAUCGGUAGAGCUGAGAAGACCAUUACAGUUAAUGUUUUUGUGUCACCAUACAUAGAAGCUCCGAAGGAAAAGACCGUGCUUGCAAGAACUGGCGGUAAUCUUGUGCUAACCUGCAACGUCUUAUUUGGUAAUCCAGUACCAUCCACAAAAUGGGAGUUCAUAGCAACGGACUCAAGUACCAAGAUACUGUUAAGGGGCAAUUCCUCAAGUUUGCUUCAUCUGAACAACGUGAGCUACAAGAAUGAGGGAUCCUACCUCUGCAUCGCCGAUAACAACGUGGGCAAUGAUAGCAUCAACAUUUACGUAAAAAUACAAUGA